CUGUUUUUAUCCUGUUCCUAUAGAAGGAAUUUUCUAUUUUCGGUCUGUAUGGUAGCUGUUUUUGCUCAUUCUUCUUUAAUUUAUUCUAUUUUCCAGCGUUUUACUUACGCUUGUAAUUUCAGUUGAUUGACACCCACAAAACCAAAAUCCGUAGCUUUCUGAGCCGCCCUGUAACGUAUAAGUAGAUCACUGUAUACUAAGCAGCUUGCGUCACUUUAUACUCAGUAGCUCGUGUAAUUACACUUGGAGCAAUAUUAAAAAAAUACUCAGUAGCUCGUGUAAUUACACUUGGAGCAAUAUGAAAAAAAUACCCUUUUCACUUUCCAAGUAUCUUUUUUCAUUAUUAUUUAGAUACAUAUUUGUUAGGGAUGUGAUAUAAGUAUUAGGGGAAGAUUAAGGGUCUCUUUGACAGCAUUGGCUAUGCAAAGCCUUGUGAAGUUUGUUUGCCGCAUUCUCUGGACGGGCUUUUUUAAAAAGCUUUUGAAAAGCUCUGCUGCAAAGUGAUUACUUGGCUUUCUUCUAGCAGAAACUGAGUUGUAGUCAGAGGAACCCUUAAGAUUAAAGGAGCACCCUAACAGUAUUGGGAUUGGGAUUGGGAUUGGAAUUAACCUAGUCAAUUUCAGGGGAUGUUCUUGAACUGUUAAGACGCUUAAGCUCAUGAUUUGAUUUGGCUCAUCAAGGAAACUUUAGUCAUCAGACUAGUUUGGCUCUACAGGUGAUGGAUGGGCCUAUACCUGAACAGAUAUUGUUGAGCCAGUGUAUGUAACAUUUGAUUGCUUGGUGAUAUGUUGUUGGUUCUCCACGGGCUUAGUUUUUAAUGAAAUACGUGAUGCUAGAGAAGAAAAAUCCAGUAGUUUGGAUCCUCAAAACUCAUUCUCAUUGUUUGUGGCCCAGCAUAUUCAUUUGAUGCUAUAAAGUUUGCUACCUUGUUAGAAGGUGGUAAAACUCUAAUAAAAAGAAAGGCACGCCAUAUAUAUUAGAUUUCAAAAGAGCUGUACCUUUGGAAGAUGGAGUUCACAGUAAAAUCAAAUGAAGGAUGUAAGGAAGAUGAAACUUCGUCCAGUACAGCAGCCGAAAGACCAAUUAUUCCUGCAUUUACUCCAAGCCAAAAGGCAUUGCAACCAAUUGAAAGUCCAGGAACUGAAGAAAUCACACUUGUUCGACAUAGUGUAAACCGACCAAAUAUUUCAGUUCAAAUACCUUCUAGAAGUUCGGACGAUUCCAAUCUUAGUCCUGCAAAAGUAAAUUUACCAACUACUCCAGGUUCUUCAAAGGGAAACAAGGCCUCGAUUCGAUCACUUAUACCACGGCCAAGCUUCAAGAGCAGGGUACCUCCCGCAGAGAGUGAAAAAGCUGUUCUUCUCACCCCAGGGGUAUCAUCAAAAUCGCUACUAUCUCAUGGUGGAGAUCAGACACCUUGUGCUCUGAGAUCAUUUUCACUUACAAAAGUACUUGCACCAUUGGCUGCAAAAAGGACAUCAUCUCUGCCUGUUACUCCUAUUGCAGAUUUGACUCAGACUUCCUCUGCGUCAGUCCAUGGAGUGCAUGCUGUUCAGCCAGGUGCUUUAGCUAGAGCAGUUGACAGAGGGAAUUUUUCUCGGUCACUAUCAAUGCCCUUGAAUAAUAAUAAAACAGGAAAUUUAAGGAGAGUGGAUUCCUCAGGUGCUAUCAUCCGUGUGACACUCGUCACCCCUCGUAACACUGAAGAUGGAGCAUUUGCAAUCUCAAAGGAGGUUUCUGCAAAAGAUACUGGUUCUGAAGAUGGUGGUGAAGAUAUUCCUGAAGAGGAUGCCGUUUGCAGAAUUUGCCUUGUUGAGCUUUGUGAAGGGGGGGAGACUCUUAAAAUGGAAUGCAACUGCAAGGGGGAUCUUGCACUGGCACAUGAAGAGUGUGCAAUAAAAUGGUUUAGCAUAAAGGGAAACAAGACCUGUGAUGUCUGUAAGAAAGAAGUUCUAAAUCUACCAGUGACAUUGCUGAGAGUGCAGAGUGUUCAGGCUUCUAAUACACAAAUAACAGGUGGACCUCAUCAUGUAGAGGUGCAGCAUUACAGGAUUUGGCAGGAUGUACCCGUCCUUGUCAUGAUCAGCAUGCUGGCAUACUUCUGUUUUCUUGAACAACUUCUGGUUGGUAAAAUGGGCUCCAGUGCUCUUGCUGUGGCCUUACCAUUUGCAUGCAUAUUGGGCCUUCUUGCAUCAAUCACAGCAUCAACUAUGGUGACCAAAAGAUACAUUUGGGCAUAUGCUGCAUUUCAGUUUGCACUUGUUAUACUUUUUGCACAUCUCUUCUUUUCAGUGCUCCAUGUGGAGGCUGUUUUGGCAGUUCUACUUUCAUCCUUUGCUGGCUUUGGUAUUGCAAUGAGUGGGAAUUCAUUGUUUCUAGAAUACUUGCGAUGGCAAGUAAGGGCAAGGAGGAGACCAAGAAAUUCACAAAAUACUCGUGCAACGCAACCACCAGACCACCCCAGAGAAAAUAGAAACAACAGUGAUUCUCAACCUGUUCCACAUGAAUUAGUAAACGAACAACAAGAACAUGAUAUUGAAAGCUUGACUCCUGCAAAUAACAACACACCUGGUUCCCACAUGGCAUGAAUUGUAAGUUGUAACGUUAUUACUUCCUGCCGUCCUGUUUCCUGAUACGGGCUUGAAUAGCAGGUUUAUAUGCUAUUCCAAGGUCAGGGGGAACACAAUAAUGAUAUUUAGAUAAUUUUGAUGAGAAAAUGGAUGUUUAGAGCUUCGUCCUAAAUUUUAUGUAAGCUUGAAUAUGUUGGUUGAUCUAUUGUUUCCUUUUGAAUGCCAGCAAGCAUACCUAGCAGGUAUAAAACUAGUAUAUCUGUAUUCUCUUCUUUUCAGAUUCCCUACUUGAAUCAACCUUGGGGGAGACUGAAGGAUGGAUGUAAAUUAGUUGGUUUGAACAAAAUGCUUGUCGUUGUUCUAAAUUGAGGAGCCAUAAAUAGUUUUCUCUCAUUUAAAUUGGCCAGUGUCAGUAGCAGCUCAAAUCAGCGAUUUCCUACCUUGGAAUGAUCAAGGUUAUAUGAGAACUUUUGAAAGUGUAAUGAACCGCUGUAACAGUUCUCAUGGAAGAGAGACACUCGUAAUAUAAAUAUGUAUAUAAACAUGUUUUCCCAAAUAAAAUUGUUAAAGCCUCUCUCUAUUUUAACCA